AUUACGACAACACCUCCCCGUCGGAACAGAGCCCCCUCACCCUGAACAAGGUAAGUUAUGGCACAGGCUUUCGGCGGAAGGGGGCACGUCACAAGGGACAAUGAAAUAAUUACCAAAAGAUAUAAGCAAGAAUAGCAAGGCAAGAGGAAGGUUAAGCUUUUUAUCUCUCCAUCUCUCCCUCUCCACAUUUCCUUCUUCCUCUACUAAUUCUCACGCCGGAGGGUUCACUGGGGGACUGCCCCGUUCCCCUUUGGACUUGCAUGCAGGUCAUUUGACGAAAUCAUCACCCUAAACCGGAAUUUGAAGAGCCUGGACCAGCCCGACCCAUCCACCCGGUACGGAUAGCAUUAUCAACCCUACUCGCAUCUAAAAGUAAUGUUAGGAAUUUCAAUUUUUCUACUAAAUGUGAGACAUCUAAUUAUUUAUUUGACAUUUUUCAGGAUCUAAUACUUCUUCUAAAUGGACGAACUGUACGAAAUCUUUUGGAUUGUCCCGAAAAAGAAAACUCAUUAGUCAAAAUCACUAACAAGGAAACAAUGUAUUGCGGAUCUAAAAAAUUUAGAUAAAAAUAUUUGACUUAUUCUCUCGAUAACAAACUGCCUUAUCACUAGCCAAACAAAAUGACCUUCCCAUUGCAGAUCUCUUUUGAGUGUUGAACAUCUUUCAAAUCGCCAUUGUUAAUUGCCACCGUCUUCUUUCCCAGUAUCAUCAAUGGCAACAAAGAUCGACAACGAUAUCUCAAGGAUUGAAAAAGGUGCAAUCACUUCCACCAACUCAGAUUCCAAGAAAGAUGACAGCUUUUGGACAUCAACCACAGUAGUCGUCACGUUUCAGAAGGUGAUUGCAGAGGUGAUCGGUACGUAUUUUGUGAUCUUCAUCGGCUGUGGAUCGGUUGUUGUCAACAAGUUAUACGACGGCACAGUUACAUUUCCAGGGAUAUGUGUAACAUGGGGACUAAUAGUGAUGGUAAUGGUUUACUCCGUAGGUCACAUAUCUGGGGCUCAUUUCAAUCCGGCGGUCACCAUCACUUUCGCCAUCUUUCGCCGGUUUCCAUGGUGGGAGGUGCCAUUAUACAUAGCAGCACAAUUAAUAGGUUCGGUAUUAGGGAGUUGCACACUGUCUCUAAUAUUUGAAGUAACAAGUGAAGCUUACUUUGGAACUGUACCAGCUGGAUCUAAUCUCCAAUCUUUUGUCCUGGAAUUCAUCAUCUCUUUCCUUCUCAUGUUCGUCAUCUCCGGUGUUGCUACUGAUAAUCGAUCGGUAGGAGAGCUGGCAGGGAUUGCUGUUGGAAUGACAAUAACGUUAAACGUCUUCGUUGCCGGACCAAUUUCAGGAGCAUCAAUGAACCCAGCCAGAAGUAUUGGACCAGCCAUUGUUAAACAUGUUUACAAGGGACUGUGGGUCUAUAUAAUUGGCCCACUAUGCGGAACCAUAGCUGGUGGGUUUACGUAUAACUUGAUCAGAUUUACUGAUAGACCCCUUCGCGAACUCACAAAGAGCUCAUCUUUCCUCAGGAGCUUAUCAAAAAGUUAGGGAUAAUUCUCGAGUGGUCAAAGCAUAUGGUAUGUCAUUUACUUAUGUAUUUUUGUGACUUAAGUUAUACAUUUUUGUGAUAACUUACGACACAUUUUUAUGAGUUAACUUACGCAAAUAAGUUACACGAUUUUGUAAGGUGACUUACGUAUGUUUGUAAAAACUUAUACUAAAUUGUGAUUUUUCAAAUUUUUAUUAAUUAAUUUGUAGGCUAAGUUGUGAUUUCUUAA